AUGGCCGCCGCCAAGGAGAACUACCGCGUCGAGCUCCGAGCCGCCGCUCGCCAGCUCGGCGACCGUUGCCUCUACUCCGCCGCGAAAUGGGCCGCCGAGCUGCUCGUCGGCAUCGAGCCGGACGCGACGCCGUCCCAGUCGGCGGCAAUGGACACCCCGUCCUCCUCGGGCGCCGCCCCCGGCGGGCGGCUGCUGCAUCUGCACCGCAGCGGCGGGUCCAGUUUCCGGCGCCGCAUGCGAUCGGGCGGCGGCGCCGCCUCCGAGGCUGGGACGCCGCUCGGCGGCGUCUCGUACGUGAGCACGCCCAUCCCGGACGACGACGCGUUCGACGCAGGGGCCGACAAGUACCUGCUCGCGAAGACCUACUUCGACUGCCGGGAGUACCGGCGCGCCGCUCACGUGCUGCGCUCCCAGGUCGGGCGCAAGGCCGUGUUCCUGCGCUGCUACGCGCUCUACAUGGCUGGAGAGAAGCGAAAAGAGGAAGAGACAAUAGAGCUUGAAGGAUCUUUGGGGAAGAGCAACGUUGUUAAUCAGGAACUUGUUGCAUUGGAGAGAGAGCUCUCAACACAUCGCAGAACUGGUGCUAUUGAUUCCUUUGGUCUGUACUUGUAUGGCAUUGUUCUACGCGAUAAAGGCUGUGAAGGUCUGGCUAGAACAGUUCUGGUAGAAUCUGUCAAUAGCUACCCUUGGAACUGGUGUGCUUGGUUAGAGAUACAGUCUUUGUGCACUAGCAGUGACAUUCUGAACAACUUAAAUCUGAAGAAUCACUGGAUGAAAGAUUUUUUCAUCGCUAGUGCACAUCUGGAAUUAAAGAUGCAUGAAGAAGCUUUGAAAAGAUAUGAGCGCUUGAUGGGGGUCUUCCGUUGCAGCGACUACAUUCAGGCUCAAAUAGCAACCGUUCAGUAUAGUAUGAGGGACCUGGAUGAAGCUGACAUGAUUUUUGAAGAACUCCUCAGAACUGAUCCUUUUCGUGUGGAUUCUAUGGAUAUUUACUCAAAUUUAUUGUAUGCAAAAGAAAGCUUGACUGCUUUGAGCUUCCUUGCUCACAGGGUGUUUCUGACAGAUAAAUAUCGCCCUGAAUCUUGCUGCAUAAUUGCAAAUUACUACAGUUUGAAGGGGCAGCAUGAGAAGUCAGUUUUGUAUUUCCAAAGGGCGCUGAAGCUUAACCGCAAGUACCUCUCAGCUUGGACUCUCAUGGGACAUGAGUUUGUUGAGCUAAAAAAUACGCCUGCUGCAAUUGAUGCCUACAGAAGAGCUGUUGAUAUAAAUCCUAGAGAUUACCGUGCUUGGUAUGGUCUUGGUCAGAUCUAUGAGAUGAUGGGAAUGCCAUUUUAUGCACUAUACUAUUUCCGAAAAUCAUCCCACCUGCAACCUAACGAUGCACGCCUUUGGAUUGCUAUGGCUCAGUGCUAUGAGAGUGAUCCGCUUCAAAUGAUUGAAGAAGCUAUCAAGUGCUAUGAGAGGGCUGCAAAUACUAAUGACACUGAAGGAAUAGCACUUCACCAAUUGGCAAAGUUGCACAGUAUGCUUGGGCAAGCUGAGGAGGCUGCAUUUUACUACAAGAAGGAUUUAGAUAGAAUGGAAGUUGAGGAAAGGCAGGGCCAGAAUUUUGUUGAAGCCUUGCUUUUUCUUGCGAAGCAUUGCAAGAGCAUGGGCAGGUUUGAGGAAGCAGAACACUAUUGCACAAGACUCUUGGAUUACACUGGCCCAGAAAAAGAGACUGCAAAAAGUAUGUUACAAGGGUUAAAACGAGCACAGUCUGGAUUUCCACCGAUGGAUAUCGAUCAUUUUGCGUUGUAA